AUGCGACUUUUCCCCACCCUAUACCUCCUAGCCACCACAGCCCACGCCCAGCACCUCUGGGGCUGGGAACCAACCUUCACCAUAGUAGCGCGACUCCGGAAGGCUGCCUACACCCCCAGCCAGAACACGAUCAACGACGUGUCGCGCCUCCGGACGCAGGAAGACAGCAGCAAUGGGUACGAAAUCGUGCGCAUCGACUCGUGCGUCCAGUUCGGCGGGCAGGACUGCGUUUCAGACUGCCGCCCUCUGCAAAAGUUCAACACGGACGGGAAGGGUGUCAACAAGUCGCUGAAGAACUGGAAGUCUGUAGCCGUGACACGCGGCGGGUAUGACUGGGCACGCAUACAGCGCGAGGACUCGGCGUGGAUCGACCUCUGGCGCCGCCCUGAUGGGAGGUGGGAUAUGUACGAGAACGGCAAGGACACAGGUGCCCUUGGGUUCUGCGAGUUGCCGGUCGAGGGCAAGGAAUCGCUCUCGUCGAGGUGUUCCGACGCCGACACCGACGCCGUCGUCGCACUCGCGUGCUACCAGAGUUAG